AUGUCACCCUCGCUUCGUCAGAGGACAGCCGGCAGGGCCUCCUCCUCUUCUUCUACCUCCACAAACACAGUCACCUCAUCAUCAACAAAAACAUCAACAACAACACCAUCACAGCCUUCAACAGGGGACUCCUCUUCAGAAGCCUUCAUCGAGGUUGAGUCUGACCUCCUCCAUGACAUGCAGGACACCCUCGGGGACCAGCUCCACAAGACAAACGAGACCGUCGCUGCGACAUGGCGUUCGACCAAGGCGACUGCCAACGAAAAGAUGAAGGUUGUCGAGCAUCAGAUGAGCGAGACCUGGGAUGCUUCCAAGGCUGCCUUUGAAGGUGCGAAACGUCUCUUGCGCUUCGAAGAGUUGCCUAAGGAGUGGCAGAGUAACCCAUACAUCCUCACUGGCUACCGGUUCCUCUCGUCAAAGAGACAGUGCUUGUGGAGCAUCUUCAAGAUCCACAACGAGACUUGCAACAUCUGGACACAUAUGCUGGGACUCAUUGGGCUCAUUGGACUCGGACUUUACAUCCACACAACAUUCCUGCAUCACGGCACAGUAUGGGACCAUGCCGUGUUCCUAUUCUUCUUCCUCGCGGCGUCCAAGUGUCUCAUCUGCUCGACCCUCUAUCACACCUUCCUCUGCCACUCUCGUCUGCCCGUGAUGCGCUGUGCCGCCACACUGGACUAUAUCGGGAUCGGUGUCCUCAUCACGGCCUCGGUCAUGGCAACACUGCACUACGGAUUCUUUUGCGACGUCGAGAGGUGGGUCUUUUUGGCGUUCUCGCUCGGGAUGGGCAUUGUCGGCUGCAUCUUGCCCCUCUACCCCUUCUUCGACCUCCCCAGCUUCCGCUACUUCCGGAUCUUUAUCUUCUUGGGGAUGGCAUGCUCGGGCGUCGUGCCUCUGGCCUAUGUCGCCUACAUGAAGGGACCCCUCAACACUUGGAACUUUAUUGCACCUUUUUGCAAGUCAGGCAUGGCUUACUUGACAGGAUUGUUGUUCUAUGGACAUCGGUUCCCCGAGAAGCAAUUUCCUGGAGUCUUUGACCGGUGGGGUCAUUCACAUCAGGUCUGGCAUGUGGCUGUUGUUGCGGGCAUUUAUUACCAUUACAUGGCGAUGGUGCAUUUCUACAACUCGCGCUAUUCCUUUGGAUGCCAGGCUGUCUAUGGCGGAUACGACCACCACGACUUCCCUGAUUUUGCUCAACAGCAAGCUAUGCAUGAUUCUUGGAUGGGUGGCGUUAUCUCGACGACGGCUUCCAACUUGUUCGCCAAGGCUACCAUGGCUUCUGUCAGCGCAUAG